AUGGUAUCAGGUCAAGAGCAGUAUAAGAAUGUGCACCUUUCGCAUGGACAGAAGGAAAAAGUUAAAGAGUACACAGCUGAAUGUAUUAAGGAAAGUGGUGCAAAACUUGAAGUAUUAGCGGACGCUAAAAAUGGGCACUUAAUUGAUGACGAGGGUUUGAAAAAAUUCAUUUUUUGUUUUUUCCAAAAGACUGGAAUAUUAACCCAUGAUGCCAAGUUGAAUACUGAUGUUGCCUUGUCGAAAUUACCCUCUGGAAUAGAUAAAGUUACUGCAGCAAAAGUACUAAAUGAUUGUAAAAACAAAAAAGGCACCACCCACGCUGCUACAGCGUUUGAAAUAUUUAAAUGUUAUUAUACACAUACAAAACAACACGUUAUAUUUGAAAAA